AUGGAUGAUUCAACCAACACCCCUCCUUCAUCUAGUGGACCUAGUCAUUCGUCUAGUUCAGAUAAAAAGAGAAUGGUUAGAGGUUGCACUAAGAUGCUUAAAAUUGCCAAAGUUCGGAAAACGGGUGUGAAAUUGAAGAUUGAGUUUGAUCCACACACUGGGGAUUGUAUUGGUGAAAAUUCAAAUGAGUUUAGGAGUUAUGCAGCAUAUCUUGCUCGAAGUACUUGUAGUAUUUUAAUAGAUGAGUGGCGGUUGGUAGAUGUAGACUCAAAAAAUUCAAUUUGGGAUGAUCUUAAGGAAAAAAGUCAAAAGGGUAAGGAUAAUGUGGCUAAGAAUCUAUACCCACAUACAUUAUCUCGGGGAGGAUAUGAAUUGCUUGAGAAGAAAAGGAUUAAUGAAAAGAGACAAGAACUAGACGCAUCAGGAGAAUUAGAUCGUAUUCCAUCUCCACCGUCACGUCAUGACAAAUGGAAGAGAGCAAGACAAAGGCGAGGAGGGGAAUACACAUCAGAGGCUACCCGAGUUGUUGCUGAGAAAAUUGAUUCAUUGGCUGAAGAGACUGAACAAGGAACCUUUGUUUCACAAGGACGUGACGAUAUCUUGACAAAGGCAAUUGGAACAUCUGAGCAUGGUGGUCGUGUUCGUGGUGUUGGACGAUUUGCUAAUCUAAGCAACUACUUCGGAAGGUCUUCACGUCCAACACAGUCCAUAGAUGUUAAGGAGAUUGAAGCACAACUUGAGGCGAAACUUGAACAAAAACUUGCAGCAAAGAUUAAAGCAGAAUGUAAAGAAGAGUUUGAACAACAGUUGAUCAUGGCGAGUGAGAAGAUGCAACAAUCAUUUAUGGAGACGCUUAAGACUAUGGGUUUAUCUGAAAUCUCCCCAACAAACCAACAAGGAGAACAAAAUGUUCUUCUGCAUGGAAGCACAAAAGAAUCUUGUACCGCCGCACAAGAAAAUCACAAGGAGGACUCGACCACUGACAAUGUUCAGAGAGUGUUAUUCAUGUUUUUGAAACAGCAAAAACAUAUAUGUUUACCAUUACAACAUGAUCUUGCUGUAAAAAACUUUUGGAUUUCACCAAAGUGUAUCAGAGAGUUGUUGGUGGGUGAUGCUUGGCUUGACAUCUCUAUUCUACAAGUUUGGUGCACGUAUAUCCAUCGUCUAUGUGACGAAAGUAACAAAUCAGAUGUGUUUGGAAUUCUGGACCCAGUAUUCUUCAGUUAUCCAGAUUCCACAAAGUCUAAACAUAAAGUUCAAACAUACAUACAAGAAAAGUUGCGUGAUUUGGACAAAGUGUGUUACUUAGCACCAUAUCUUGAAAAAGGGCAUUGGCAAUUAAUAAUCAUUUGUCCUAAAGACAAUACUGUAGUUCUCCUUUGUUCAUUACACAAUGAUCUUCAUUCACAAAUGAAGAAUAUUGUUACAAAAGCUAUGUCGGUUUAUCAAUUGGCUGAGGGUAAUAAAAAAAAGACUCAAUGGCUUCAGCCCAAAGCAAGGUUGCAGCCUAAUGGGAAUGAUUGUGGAUAUUAUGUGAUGAAGAAUAUGGUUGACAUUGUCUCUGCUAGUAUUACUAAGUCUUGGAUGGAGGUAUUCAAUGAUCCAACGGCAUUAACAGAACAAGAGUUGUAUGAUUUGCGAAACAGUUGGGGUUCAAAGUUGCUCAUCUCCGCUGCUCUCCUAAUUUAUGCUUAUGGUGCUGGUGGCUUUCCUGCUUGGUGCAUUAAUUUGCUGAACUGUUAUUGUUGA